AUGCCGCGCUUGCCUGUUGAUGUUGUUCAGGAGGAGUUUGAGGAGCACGCGGAGAAGGCCAAGACGCUGCCCGACACCACCACCAACGAGAGCAAGCUCUGCCUCUACGGCCUCUACAAGCAGGCCACCGUCGGCCCCGUCAACACCGCCCGCCCCGGCGGCCUCUUUGAUAUGGCUGGCAAGGCCAAGUGGGAUGCUUGGAAGGCCGUCGAAGCCAAAUCCAAGGAGGAGGCCAUGGCUGACUACAUCACCAAGGUGAAGCAGCUGCUGGAGGAGGCUGCCGCCGCAUCUGCUUGA